AUGGAGGACUUGUGUUCGGUCGAGCGAGCCGGAGUCGCGUUAGGUCAAAAGACGCUAUUCACCACCCGCAAUGAUGAGAAAGUUUUCUUAUCUAAAGGCUACAUCCCUCUACUGGUGAACCUCACCAUUGAAGACAAAGCAGCAAAAGGCUUGCGGAAGCACAAAGGUGGCAAUACGAGAGAGGAUGCAGUCUACGUCUCUGCACUCGAAGCCGUACGAGACAAUCGGUUCUUACUCCUCACCGGCCAAAGUGGCUCGGGCAAGACGACCUUUGCAGAAUACCUGAUAUUUGGCCAUACCACCGGUGUCUUUGAGAAAGACAGAGACGCAAUACCCCGCAAUGAAAGCGGCGAAAGACGGAAGGAGAUAUUGAGUGGGCUGAGAACGUUGCCAUUGCUCGUCACAGUCGCCAACACGCAAGACCUUGCAGAUGUUGACGACAAUUUACUUGCAAUUCUUGAAUCUUGGGACAGUAGAGAAAAAGAACGAGCAUAUGACGAACUGCUUCUUAUACUGGAUGGCACCGAAAAAGCAGGAUCGCAAGGGAUGAAGCACAUCACAUCUAUAGCCAACGCUAUUACUCCAAGACCGCACGUCAGGCUGCUCGUACUGGGUAGAGACGAGGAAACUCAAGACUGGACUCUGCCAGUAGGCUUUGCGAAGCUCCAAAUACUACCGCUACUUACGACUCAAAGAUAUGAGCUUGCUCGAAAACUGAAUCUGGAUACAGAUUAUGGUUCUGGAAACGGUGCUUCACGACCAGCUGUUUUUACCUUGUCCCUAGCGGCAGGGCAUGUCGGGGAUACCGGAGAAUGUGCCUUGGAUGCUUGGCUAACGGUUUUAAACCCCGAAGCACUUCAAGAUCUUCUACAUGGUGCGCUGGACGAAUGGGAACAUCAGCGGCACGGCCAGCUUAAUUCUCUGACAAAGACGACACAGAAAUGGCCAUUCGUUUUGUGCACUGCAGUUCAAGAGCUUUUAGUGGCUGCGCAGCUACAGACAGCAUCCUUUCAGGAGAUACUGGAUGUCUUUGACCAAGAUGCUAAAUCGGCAAUACCCAUUAUUCGAAGUCUUCUGAAUCGGUUUGCAAAGGGAGAAAAGCAGGAGAAGCUGAUCUGCGAACUUCUAAACCGGCAUGAGUAUGACCUCGAUGAGGAACAGGCUCAAUAUGCUGCACUUGUCGCCUCCGAAUUCAUAGACCUCAACAAUACGCCCUUGGUCACCCAAGCCAUCGCGCGCCUACUUAAGGUGGUCGAGAUUGGAACCCUCCCCUUAUCCUAUCGGGUUAUGGCCGGUCGCUAUCUCUCACUAUUUGGAGAUCCGCGCGAUCUGACAGAGUUGGUCGCAGUCACAGAAGGAACAAGCCUUUUUGGAUCGUCCAAUCAUCCUAACUCCAGGCCUGUUCACAGGCUUCAUAUUGGCCCCUUCAAAAUCGGCGCGUUUCCAGUCGUGAACCAAGACUAUGGAGAGUUUGUGCAGCAAACUGGUCGUACUUGGCUCAGCCAAGAUGGCUAUGAUCCCUAUUCGCGGAACACACCAGCGACAGAUCUCACAUGGCAUGACGCCAGAGAAUACUGCCAAUGGGUUACUCAAAAAUGGAGGAAAGAAGGUAAAAUAGGUCCCAACCAAACUGUGCGACUACCUUCAGAACCCCAGUGGGAGAGAGCAUCAAGGGGAGAUCAGCGCGAGCCUCAGGCAGGACAGAACGUUUACCCAUGGGGAACCAAUUUCGCAACGAGUCUAUCAAACUGCGAAGAACUAGCACUAAACAACAAAUGCACCGUCGGUCUAUUUCCCCAGUCCCGCUCACCGUUUGGCUGCUACGACAUGACAGGACAAGUAUGGGAAUGGUGCACAACCUUAUGGGGAAAAGAUAUGGCGACGCCAACGUACAUGUACCCAUGGGAAAUCUCAGAUGGCCGUGAGGAUUUAGAUGCGGACGGUUCAGUCAGGAGAGUUCUGCGAGGAGGGUGCUUUUCGAGUGGUCGAGCCAAGGCGACGUGCACUUAUCGCGGGAGUCUUGAGCCGACAGGGUUUUGGCGGGGUAAUGGGUUCCGCAUUGUGGUUGUUUCUGAAUAA